AUGGAUACAGUAACUACAUCAAUUGCUAGUUCAUCUCCUGAUUCAAGAUCACCGCCAUAUGAUGUGAUCUUUGAAAUACUCCUGCAACUACCUGUCAUGAUUCUGCUUAUGAUGAAGUGCGUUUCAAGAUUUUGGAAUUCUAUAAUCUCUAGUCCACAGUUCAUCAAGGCCCAUCUAAAAUUGUCCACCAAGAAACAGGAUUUGAGGCUUCUUUUUAAUGAUUCUCUUGGGCGUCCCCAGUUUUACACUUGCCCCCUUUCCUCAAUCUUGUAUCAAGAAUCUCACCAGAGGCAUGUUAAGCUUGAUUUUCCUUGCAAAAGUUCGUCUGGUGAAUACAAAAUUGAGGGUUCCUGCAAUGGCUUGUUGUGUAUUUCAGUUUCUCGUCGGGAUUUGUUUCUGUGGAAUCCCUCUAUACGAGAAUUGAAAAAAUUACCCCCUCCGCUUGCGUCUGAUAAUAGGUUUAGGCCCCUUUGUAUGCACCAAAAUAAUGACGUUUUGCUACAAAAUGCCUCAAAAUUAAGCUGA